GGAGGUAUAUAAGACAUGCUAGCCGUGGUUGCCCAUCACUCGAGUCAUAUCUCUGUCGACGAUCUCACACCAUCCACACGAUGAGGACGACUCGACAACUAGUGGUGGUGGUGCUGUUGCUGCUGGGCUCGGCUCAGGCGACCCUUUAUCAGGACUGCGGCUCGGACGCAGAGAUUCAAGAGCUGGUUGUCCAGGACUGCGACAUCCCUCCUUGUGUUAUACACCGCCCCAGUUCCCAGGACCUUAAUAUCACCUUCAUCCCAGCUCAUCCAGCGAAUAAGCUAGAUACGAUCAUCAACGCCAACAUCGGCGGCGAAAACUUUCCCUGGCCCGGCCCCAGCGGCUGCCCACUAUUGGUCGACGAGUCCUGCCCAAUUGAGCCCGGGCAUAGUUACAAAUACCACGCUGUCAUGCCCGUCUAUGCCGAGUACCCAGCGUUGUCGGUGAUUGUGACGUGGAAAGUCCAGGAUGAGAAUGGUAUAAACCACGUCUGCCUCGUCUUCCCCAUAGUUCUCGUCUGACGUGUGAACCACGCCUGCCUCGUCUUCCCCCAUCAUCCUCAUCCGACGUGUGAACCACGCCUGCCUCGUCUUCCCCCAUCAUCCUCAUCCGACGUGUGAACCACGCCUGCCUCGUCUUCCCCCAUCAUCCUCGUCCGACGUGUGAACCACGCCUGCCUCGUCUUCCCCCAUCAUCCUCAUCCGACGUGUGAACCACGCCUGCCUCGUCUUCUCCAUCAUCCUCGUCUGACGCGUGAACCACGCCUGCCUCGUCUUCCCCAUCAUCCUCAUCCGACGUGUGAACCACGCCUGCCUCGUCUUCCCCCAUCAUCCUCGUCCGACGUGUGAACCACGCCUGCCUCGUCUUCUCCCAUCAUCUUCGUCCGACGUGUGACGACCAAGCGCUCGAUGGCGAGAAGAGAUCUGUACUGUGUAGUAGAUGGAUAGACCGCUUAGCGAGAACUUUUUGUUUUCGGCAAAUUCCUCGCUACGGUCUCAAGGAGUUCUUAAGGGGAAAGAUACUCGCUGUGGUCUUAAGGAAUUCUAAUGGGGAAAAAAUUCCUCGCUGCAGUGUUAACGAAUUCUUAUGGAGAAAAUUUCUCGUUAAGCUGCACCGCGUUUAAAAGAGAAAUUAUAUUCAUAGGUUGUCCAUUUUCAGAGGAUAUGAUAAUUAGGAGUGUAUGAAGUAAUUAAUAAUGCCAGAUGUUAGUUCUUGGACCCACCUCUUAAUGUUUAUAAGUGUAGUUUCAUUACUACCAAUGUAAUUAUCGUAAGGUUUAAAACAUU